AACGGGCGUCCUGAGCUUCAGCAACCCAAACACCCGGUGUGAAAAGAAGGUGGCAGCCAUCGAGAGGUGCGCAUGCGCAGGCAGCCCUCCGCGGUGAAGGGGUGAGAGGCGGACAGGGUUGGCCAGCUGGGCUCGGAGCGGAGCAGGGUCAGGAUGGACGAGGACGUAUUGACCACUCUGAAGAUCCUCAUCAUCGGCGAGAGUGGGGUGGGCAAGUCCAGCCUGCUCUUGAGGUUCACAGAUGAUACUUUUGAUCCAGAACUUGCAGCAACAAUAGGUGUUGACUUUAAGGUGAAAACAAUUUCAGUGGAUGGAAAUAAGGCUAAACUUGCAAUUUGGGAUACUGCUGGUCAAGAGAGGUUUAGAACAUUAACUCCCAGCUAUUAUAGAGGUGCACAGGGUGUUAUAUUAGUUUAUGAUGUCACAAGAAGAGACACCUUUGUUAAAUUGGAUAAUUGGUUAAAUGAAUUGGAAACAUACUGUACAAGAAAUGACAUAGUAAACAUGCUAGUUGGAAAUAAAAUUGAUAAGGAAAAUCGUGAAGUUGAUAGAAAUGAAGGCCUGAAAUUUGCACGAAAGCAUUCCAUGUUAUUUAUCGAGGCAAGUGCAAAAACCUGUGAUGGUGUACAAUGUGCCUUUGAAGAACUUGUUGAAAAGAUCAUUCAGACACCUGGACUAUGGGAAAGUGAGAACCAGAACAAAGGAGUCAAAUUGUCACACAUGGAAGAAAGCCAUGGAGGAGGAGCCUGUGGUGGUUAUUGUUCUGUGUUAUAAACUCUGGGAAAUUCUAUCUUGCAUAUUUGAUCAGAUAGUGACAUCUUUCUGUAUAUAAACUCUUAACUGCUAUUUUAGGCACCUUGCAGUUUGCACAUAAUUGUUUUGUAUCAUGGCAGUAAAAUAUUUGCAAGAAAUCCUACUCAUCGGCUUUCCCAGGUAAAAUGUUAUGUACGCAUGCACAGUUUGCAAUCUACAGUUUUAUAUGUAACAUAAAAUAGGUGUAUCUUUAUGAGUACAUUUGAUUUUAUGAUUUACAUUUAUCAUGUAAUUUUUUUAAACAUCCAUCUAGUAUAUGUUGAUAUAGGGUCUGCUGCUUUUUUGUUUAUUUUGUUUUCCUUUCUUUGUUUUUCUUUCCUGCUUAAAUAUUCCUGUCAAUUACUGAAUUACUUGGUUAUGUAGAUAGAACUUCUAGAACCAUGGGAGGUAUACAGGUAUCAUCAAACCUGUUAAAUUUCCUUUGAGGAAUAACAGAGAGCAUGAUUUCACAGCUUUUCUAGGAUAUUUGAGAUUCUUGUAGUACUAAGCAAAAUUAUCAGUACAGAAUGUAGCCCAGGUCAAUUCAUAAUUAAAUCUCUGUUUAUUCUGAUGAUGCUUCUAAAAUAGUACCAAUACAUUAAAGAAGUUUGAUAUUACUUCCUAAUUUACUUCAUUGAUUAAUUAGCUCAGUUGUUUUUAAUCCUCUGAUAUGUACAUUGGAUUAAUAAUCCUUUGUGCAGUGCUUUUAGUUAUGUUGCAUUUGGCAGAAUGGCAGUAAGGUUUCCCUCACUGGGGUUUCAGAAGGACAUAAAUAGUGUGUUUAUCAUAACUCCUUUAGUACUGACCAUUUUUAAAACCAUCUUUUUUCAUAAAUGUUGGUAGAAUUGGUCCAGGUUGUAACUUAUGUAAUGUUUAUGAAUAUCUGCAUCUUAUGGCCUCCAUAAGUAGCCAAUUGAUAUUCAAAAACCUAUUUCUGUGCUUUGAGGGGUAGGAAAGGAAAAAAAGAAAAGACAAUUUGAGAAAGGCAUACUGCUUCCAGAUUCUGACCUUGUGGGAAAAUGCUAUUGCAAUGAAAAUCCCCAUGAUUUAUUAUAAUAAGUAACCAAUAGUUUAUUAAAACCAACUUGUACACAUUAAUAUAUCUUUUCCGCAGUAUUCAGUUUUCUACUUCUGGUAUUGUACAUUGUAUGUUUUUUUUCCAUCCAUAUGUUAUUUAAUUUACAUUGAUCUCUGCUAUUUUAAGCCCCCAAAUAAUAAGUCCUUUAAGGGUAGUCACUACAAUACCCCUCAGUAAGAUUCUAAUAUUAAUUUCUUAACAAUUUAUUCUCUGUACAAUUAUAAAUGAUAAACAUUUUUGUGGACCUUUGCAAUAUGUGUUAAUGAAUUUACUUCAAGUUGGGUUCUUUCUGAAAUGUACAUUCUCACAUGUGAAAACCUCACUAUCUACUUGGUUUACACUUGUUAGUCUACAUUACAUGUGAUUAAAGAUUUUAUACAUUCUGUAUAUUUCACUAAAUAUAAAACAUUUACUUCUAUAAUGUUAGAAAAAAGGUAGUUAACUGUGUACUUAUGAUUUGUUCAUGUUACAUUAAACUUUAGAUUUGUGUAUUUAUGUAGUCUGUAUUGACAAAACUUUUCUGUGUGUUAUGUUUCGCUCCUUGAGUGACAUAAUAAUCUUUCUGUGCAUUGGAUUGUUGUCUUGAUUUGCUCAGAAUUUGGUUACCUAUGAGUCACUCAUAUAACUUUAAAAAAUUAAUUUUGUUUGAUAGAUUUAUAUUGUAAUCUUUUGUAGUUUUUGAAUAAAUAUAGCCUGCUUUCCCUAGA